AUGUUAACAACUGGUUUGGGACACGGAAAUUUUGAGACAUAUGUGCUCAAUGUGAACAUCAACUGUGAUGGGUGCAAGCAGAGAGUGAAGAAACUUCUGCGGAAAAUUGAAGGUGUUUUUUCAGUUCACAUAGAUGAAGAACUCCAAGUGGUUACAGUAACAGGAAAAGUUGAUCCAACUAAAUUAAUUAAGAAGUUGAUCAAAUCUGGAAAACAUGCAGAGUUUCGGUCCCCAUCUGAAAACCUCGACUUCAUAGAGAGUGACAAGAACAAGAAUCAAAUGCAAUAUCUAAGGAUUAAUGGGGUCAAUAAUUCCCAAAUUGGCUAUGAGGUUGAAGAUGAUUGUGGCAACUAUGUGAAGAACAACAUUGGCAAUAACUCCAUGACAGGCACAACUGACUGGAAUUUUAUAAAAGAAACAAGCAUGCAUAGAAUGGAGGGGGAUGGAGACAUAUUUGCCAACAAUCGGCAUAUGGUAUCUAUGUUGGACGCUGCAGGUUUUGGACGCAAUGUUGCUGGCUUUGUGGGCUUACCACCACAUGAAUUUGGUAUGUUUCAUGACGUUCCAUCCAGCAGCAGCUUGGCAACUUAUGACUAUAAUCAUCUAAAUCUUCCAUCAAUGACUGGAACCAGCUUGCAAGGGUACCUCCUCAACAAUCCAUCUCCAAACAUGAACACUUGCAUUCAGCACAGGAAUAAGAAUAGCCAAUUAUGA